UAUUCCUAAGCGUUAUGGUUGAUUGGGAUGCCUCUAAGUUGCUGUGUUGAAUUGCUCUGAUUUCCAUUAACUUGUUUUUCUUUUCCUGAAUUCCGCCAUGUUUUGAGAUUUAUUCUGCUUCGGAAGAGGUGUGUUGAGUGUUGUAGCUACGGGGUGGCAACAUUUCAUUUUACAUUUGUCUUGCAAAAUGCACACCUCUCGACAAGUUUUUCUAAUUUAUUUAGGUUUUAUAACACACAUUGGACCGUGAAAUUCUUGCGAAGCAAAUGAUAACGGACGCAGAGCUCCUAUAGCUAGCCAUCUUCUGAAGAUUAGCAGGGGCUUGCUCCCUCCUGUAAAUUCUUUCCGCUCGGAAUGUUCUCAAAAAAGCCUCAUGGGGAUGUCAAAAAAUCGACACAGAAAGUAUUGGAUCCAAAAAAGGAUGUCCUGACACGUUUAAAACACCUGCGAAUCGUAAUAGAGAAUGCAGACUCAGGGGACCUGAAGCACUUCUUUGACCAGAACUACUCCCAUAUCUACUAUGUAUUUUUUGAGAACUUCGUCACCAUUGAGGUCAACCUGAAACAGAAAGGUCACAAAUCGCAAAGGGAAGAGCUGGACUCCAUUCUAUUCAUAUUCGAGAAAAUCCUGCAACUGCUGCCGGAGCGUAUCCACCAACGAUGGCAGUUUCACAGCAUUGGUCUUAUUCUCAAGAAGCUGUUGCACACGGGAAAUUCUUUAAAGAUCCGUCGGGAGGGCGUGCGUCUCUUCCUGCUGUGGAUGCAGGCGCUGCAGACCAACGCCCUGAGGGAGCAGCUGUGGAUCUUCGCCUGCCUCAUCCCCGGCUUCCCCUCGCCGCAGUCCGAACAUGGGCCCCGCACGCUCGACAACCUCAUCAGCCCACCGCUAUGCCUGCAGGAGACUCAAGUGGGUCCGGAGGAGAUCACCCCGCUGGUGCCGCCACAGUCGGGGGAUAAGGCCCAGGAGGACCUGACCGGCUACUUUCUGGAGGCCCUGCUGAAAUACAUGGUAAACCAGGCUAAGAGCCUCGAGUGGCGGUACAAGGAGAACCAUGAGAAGGGCUUUGCUUUCCUCUUCGCCAACUUCAAGAAGUACUACCUGCCCCACAUCUUCCCCAACUUCUCCAAGGAGACCAGCCUGUACAACCCCAUCUUGGAGGUACCCCCCAUCAGACCAAAGCCUUACUAUGCAGUGGUGAAGCGAGACCCCGACACCAACGAGGCGCUGUACUGCACCAAGGAGAGCUUCCUGAACGCCCGCGUCAUCUUCAUCCGUUGGCUGGUGUCCUUCUGGCUGGAGCCGCGCGCCAACACCGGCACACACAUCCCCGGCGUGGAGGGAGAGAACGUGCCAAAGAACAUUCAGAGAGCAGCAGCAGGUCUGGCUGCACGGAUGGAGGACAGCGGGGGCUCCCGGGGGCCCGACUCCCUGGACGGCAGCGGCGGCGGAGGGCUGGGCGGCGGGGCGGAGCCCGAGCAGUCGCACUCCAACACGAGCACGCUGACGGAGCGCGAGCCCAGCUCGUCCAGCCUGUGCAGCGUGGACGAGGAGCACCUCACCGACAUCGAGGUGGUGCGCCGCGUCCUCUGCUCCUCGCGCACCAACGUCAACUUCAUCACCGAGAUCUUCCGACAGGCCUUCCUGUUGCCCAUGUGCGAGGCUGCAGCCAUGCGCAAGGUGGUGCGCGUCUACCAGGAGUGGAUCGCCCUGGAGGACAAGCCCGUGUUCAUGAAGGAGCAGGAGGACGAACACCGGCCACUCAUGAACUCCGCCAGCGACGACAAGGACGAGGAGGAGAGGGGGGUGAAGGGGUCUGGUCACAGUAGGACUUCGAGUUGGUGCAGGAGCUCCCAGGGCAGAGGAGGUAACAGCUGUGAGGGCGAAGGGCUGGAGGUCAGCGUCCAAGCUGGUGUGCAGGCCACACUGCAGGUGUUCAUCACCAACUCCUCCAACGUGUUCCUGCUGGAGCCAGCGAACGAGCUGAAGAUGCUGCUGGAGGAACAUGUUGACAUGUGCAAGCGCGUGCUCAACAUCUACCGCAGCCUGGUCAUGCACGAGACCAUGGACCAGAAAACCUGGGAGCAGAUCUUAUUGGUGUUGCUACGGGUAACGGAGUGUGUGAUGAAGAGAUCCCCCUCGGUCACAGCCUCCAGCAGGAGGAGCCCCACCCUCUCUGGCCGGCUAGCGGGGGCCAUCUUCCAGACUCUGAUUGUGGCGUGGAUCAAAGGAAACCUGAACGUGUACAUCUCGCGGGAGCUGUGGGACGACCUGCUGGCCGUGCUCUCCUCGCUCACCUGCUGGGAGGAGCUGGUCACCGAGUGGUCCCUCACCAUGGAGACGCUCACCAAGGUGCUGGCGCGCCACCUGUACAGCCUGGACCUCAACGAGCUGCCCCUGGACAAGCUCAGCGAGCAGAAGCAGAAGAAGCACAAGGGCAAAGGUGGCGUCAACGAGGGCCACAAGAUGGUUGUAGAUCGCUCCUUCUCUAAGGGCUGGAGUCGCGACCUGCCGGGCCAGGCAGCCAUGCGCCAGCGCAGUGCCACCACGGCUGGGUCGCCUGGUAUCGAGAAAGCCCGCAGCAUCGUGCGCCAGAAGACCGUGGAUAUGGAGGAGCCUCCGUUGGCCCCACGCGGGCCUCGUCUGCGCCACAGCUCCCAGAGUGAGGAGGCAGCCCCGGCGUCCCUCUGCUCUGAGGUGUUCGGUGCGCCCGGCGAGGCCGACCUGACCCCUCCCGGCAGCGGUGCCCUCCCACCCCUCCCCCGCAGCUCCAGUGCCUCAGACGUCAUGGAGCCCUUCAUCGCAGAGCGCGCCAAAGUCAACAAGGAGGAUCUGCCUCCGAAGAUGCGUCCGGUGUCGAGUGACGCGGGCAACAGCAACCCCAACUUCAGCGACCUGAUGGAUGAGUUCAUCCAGGAGCGCCUGCGAGCGCCACGGGGCAACUCUGUGAGUCCGCCUGAGCAGGGCAUUACUCGGCGUGGCAGUAGCCCUGGCAGCCUGGAGAUUCCCAAAGACCUGCCAGAGCUGCUGACGCGGCAGAGCGCCACGCGGCCCGCCGACGACCCCGGCGUGCCCUCUGAGUGGACCUCGCCUGCCAGUGCCAGCGGGAGUGACCUCAUCAGCUCGGACAGCCAAUCAGACUCCUUCAAUGCCUUUCAGUAUGACGGCAAGUUUGACAAUUUCAGCUUUGCUCCGGACGGCGCGGGCAGCUCCCUGGACAGGGACAGUCUGGGCGGCGGCCCUCAGACAGGCGAGGAGCAGGAGCAGGAGCUGUCCAGCCUCACCACCCUGCACAUAGACUCCGACACCAGCAGCCAGCAGGGCGUCUCCGCCGACACGGUCACCAUCACAGGCUCAGAGAGCGCCUCUCCCAUGCACUCUCUGGGGGGCUCCCGCUCCCAGACCCCCUCCCCAGCCACACUCAGGGCGGACCAUACCGAACACAAGGACCUGCAGCUGGACGAGAAACUCCACCACUCCGUGCUGCAGACUCCCGAUGACCUCGAGACGAGUGAGUUCCCUAAUGAGGACUGCAGCGUGAUGGCCGGCGGCUCUCUAACCGGCUGGCACGCUGACGUCGCCACGGUGAUGUGGAGGCGGAUGCUGGGCAUCCUGGGCGACGUGAACACCAUCAAAGACCCCGAGAUCCACGCCCAGGUGUUCGACUACCUGUGCGAGCUCUGGCAGAACCUGGCCAAGAUAAGAGACAACCUGGGCAUCUCCCUCGACAACCAGUCAUCUCCUCCUCCGCCAGACCUGAUCCCGCCACUCCGCAUCCUGACGCCGUGGCUUUUCAAGGCAACUAUGCUCACUGAGCGCUACAAGCAGGGCAAGCUGCACGCCUACAAGCUCAUCUGCAAGAUUAUGAAGAGGAGGCAGGACGUGUCGCCCAACUCCGACUUCCUCACACACUUCUACAACAUCAUGCACUGCGGCCUGCUGCAUGUCGACCAGGACAUAGUGAACACUAUCAUAAAGCACUGCUCACCACGCUUCUUCUCCAUCGGCCUCCCCGGGGCCACCAUGCUCACACUGGACUUCAUCGUGGCCGCCAGCAGAGUCACUUCCUGCUCCUCACUCAAUGCUCCUCGUGUGGAGGCUCAGAUCCUGCUGGGCUCUCUGGUGUGUUUCCCUAACCUGUACGAGGAGCUGCCCGCCCUGCACCCCACCACCGCCGACAUGGUCAUGACCAAGUUCAGGGACGUCAAGGAGCACAUCAUUAAACACAUUCUAAACUCUGCCAAAGAUGAACCCUCAGCCCCUGCCAGGUGUGUGGCGCUCUGCAGCCUGGGCAUCUGGCUGUGUGAGGAGUUGGUCAACGGCACGCGGCACCCGCAGAUCAAAGAGGCCCUCAACGUCAUCUGUGUCACUCUCAAGUUCCCAAAUAAAAGCGUGGCCCUGGUUGCUUCAGAUAUUCUGCACCUGCUCAUCAACUAUGUGGAGCACCUGCAGAAAUUCCCCCCCGACACCCCAAAGAAAAUAGUGGAGAUCCUCAUAGCCACCAUCACCUACCUGCUCCCUACCACAGAGUCCUCACCCCACGAGCUGGACAAGAGGCUGGUGGUGUCCCUGCUGCUGUGCCUGCUAGACUGGGUGAUGGCGCUGCCCCCCAAGACCCUCCUGCAGCCCAUCCAGACCCUCUCACCGGACAAGGACCGUGGAGAAAAGUCCGUCCUCAGCUGCAUCUACAAGGUUCUGCACGGGUGUGUGUACGGGGCGCAGAGCUUCAGUAACCCUCGCUAUUUCCCCAUCAACCUGUCUGACCUCAGUAGCCCUGACUACGACCCCUUCCUGCUGCUGGAGAGCCUGAAGGAGCCCGAGCCCCUGCACUCGCCUGACUCCGAGCGCUCGUCCAAGAUGCAGCCCGUCGCCGAGGUGCGUAGCCGUAUCCAGCAGGGCCUGAUCUCCGUGGCGGCCCGCACCGUCAUCUCGCACCUGGUCAAUCACCUGGGCCACUACCCCAUGAGCGGCGGCCCGGCCACGCUGACCAGCCACGUGUGCGAGAACCACGACAACCCGUACAGCGAGAGCCCCGACCUGUCGCCGGAGCUCUUCGACGCGCCCAACCUCCAGUUCUUCGCCCUCAACAGCUCCACGCUGCUCUCCUGCAUGCAGAUCCGUGCCGAGGACGGCCUGCCCGGCGGCGGCAUGUCGGCCGGCUUGACCACCACCAGCGCCUGCGUGCGGGUCAUCGUCCGCGACAUCGCCGGCAAGCACUCCUGGGACUCGGCCGUGCUGUACGGGCCGCCCCACUGCUGCUCGGCGGCGGGGCAACAACCGGUGCCGCCACCGGCGUCGAGUGUCUCCAAGGCAACGCAGGGAGAAGGACACAGGGAAAGGCGGGGAGGAGGAGGGGAGGAGGAAGAGAGGGAUGAGAGAAGGCUACAGGAAGAGGAAGAGGAGGAUGAGGAGGAUGUGGAGGACGAUGUCGACGAGGCGCUGGUGGCUGAUGACGCAGAGGUGGAGGACGCGCCCCGAUUGGCUGAGAGCACGGGCGAGAGACCGGACGAUAACACCAGCAGCGGGGAGACUGAGGAGGAGGAGGAGAGGAAGAAACGUCAAGAGGAGCACAACAACAACAACAACAACAACGAGGAAGAGGAAGACGACGACGAAGACGACGAGGGGCAUCUGGGCCUGACCGGCCCGCGGGCCAAGCGGCGGUGCCGGGAGGUCUUCCCGCAGUGGGACGGUCUGUGCGAAGGCGAGGACGCGCUGGACGAGAUGCUGCAGUACCUGGGCGUGUCCAGUCCCGAGUGCCUGCAGCGCGCCGGCGCUCCGCUCAACAUCCCGGCGCCGCAGCCCGCCUGCGUGUCCGAGAAGCAGGAGACCGACGUCAUCAACGCCAUCCUCAAGCAGUGCGCCGACGAGCGCGACUUUGCCACGCACCGCGGCAACGGGCUCAACAUGAGGGCCUCGCGGCAGGGCCAGCCGGGGGCCCAGAGGCCCCAGAGCGCCUUCUACUACUGCCGCAUGCUGCUCAACAUCCUGGGCAUGAACUCCUGGGAGAAGAGGAGUAGCUUCCACCUGCUGAAGAAGAACGAGAAGCUGUUGAGAGAGCUGAAGAACCUGGACUCCAGACAGUGCCGUGAGACGCACAAGAUCGCCGUGUUCUACGUGGCGGAGGGGCAGGAGGAUAAGCACUCCAUCCUGUCCAACACCAGUGGCAGCCAGGCCUACGAGGACUUUGUGUCUGGCCUGGGCUGGGAGGUGAACCUAACGAGCCACUGUGGCUUCAUGGGUGGCCUGCAGAGAAACCGGAGCACGGGUCAGACCAUGCCCUACUUCGCCACCUCCACCGUGGAGGUCAUGUUCCACGUGUCCACACGCAUGCCCCCCGACUCAGACGACUCACUCACCAAGAAGCUGAGGCACCUGGGUAAUGACGAAGUGCAUAUUGUGUGGUCGGAGCACUCGCGAGACUACCGGAGAGGCAUCAUCCCCACCGAGUUUGGAGACGUCCUCAUCAUCAUCUACCCCAUGAAGAACCACAUGUACAGCAUCCAGAUCAUCAAGAAGCCAGAGGUGCCAUUCUUUGGGCCCCUGUUUGACGGGGCCAUAGUGGACAGCAAGAUUCUGCCAGCGAUAGUGAGGGCCACGGCCAUCAACGCCAGCCGAGCGCUCAAGUCCCUCAUCCCGCUCUACCAGAACUUCUACGAGGAAAGAGCCCGUUACCUGGAAACCAUUGUCCAGCAUCACCUGGAGCCGACCACCUUUGAGGACUAUGCAGCACGUGUCUUUUGCCCCGCCCCUUACCACCAUCUCCCUUCCGAAGCAGAGAGAAAUGCUGUGGUGUUUCUCCUCCUCCCCAAACCUCCCCUAGAAAACAUUGGGCUCAUCAAGGUAAAGGGCAAAGGCUUGAAAAGGAAGGUGUUUCACGCUAGCUGUGAAUGGUAUGCUCAAAACUCAACCAACGGCAAAGUACUUUUUCUUUCUUUUUCCUCCUCUCUCUCUCUUUCUCUCUCUCGCUCUCUCUUUCUCUCUCUCGCUUUUUCUCUGACUUUCUUUUCCUUUCUUGUUCUGCCUCCUCCUCUGUCUCUGUCCAUCUUUCAGUUUUAGUUCUGUUUUGUUCUUCCUCCUCUGUUGGAAUGACGUACUCCUCUCGUCUCCCCCGACCUGUGAACUCCAUCUCUCUCCGAUGGAUUAGGUGUCAUGUCUCUCAGUGUUGAUUAGUGACAGCAUCCUGUGUGAUGAAGUUCUUUUAUUUAUUUAUUUAUUUAUUUAUUUAUUUAUAUUCUGUCUUGUUUAGCUGUGUGAAAUUCACCCAGAAUAAUGGUAAUUGCAAACUGCAAACCAAUCCCCUAAGGAAAUCUGCUCUUCAAGCAAAGUCCAAAUUUUAAACUGAAAAUAAAAACAGUUCGACUCCAGUUAUCACCUGUUGGCAUUUAUAACACAGGCCAACAGAUUUGGCUUAAGUUUGUAUAAGUUGGAAAAUAGUCACAGGAUUCAAGUUCAGUUGAUAACUGUACAGUCCCUCUUUGGGGAUUUAAAGAUAAUUUGAGUGAAAUUCACACCGAACCACGACUGCGGUCAAGGAUGAAACGGAUCACUAGUGGCCACAUCCUUCUCACUCCCAUCCUGUCUCUCUAAACCAUGACUCUGACAGCCUCGGAACGAAGCAUAAUCCCUGCUCACCGUAGCACUAAAUGCAUGUGCAGGCUGUCUGCGUAGAGACUGACUAGUGUCCCCUCCGGGCCCCCGUAGACAAUCAGUGAUGUUUGAACUCUUCCCUGAUGGACUAGUCAGUGGUCUCUCAGCCAGCCCCAGUCUUUCACCUGUUACCUCAUGUCUCAUGUUGAUAAUGUGAUGAUUAUGAUGUGUGUGUGUGUGUGUG